AUGGAUAUCUCCCCAUUGCCCACCGAGAGCUCCAUGCUCACGCCCUUCCAUCUGAUCGUGCUCGCCUUCGCCUCGCUCUCGCUGCUUGUCUCGCAGCUGAACCUCCCUCCGGAUCUGGAGGAGCUGGCAAGUAUCUGGCGGCGCGUCACAUCCCUUCUCGUAGUGGUCCUCCUCAUGUACCAUGUGGUGGAGAACGAGUCCUCCCAUCCCUCCGCGUUUCUCACUACCAAAGAUGCCAAACCGCGCCUCUGGGCGUUUCCGCUAGGGAAAGCAGGGGGCGAAGGGACAAAGGAGAUGUGGUGGGAGGCGGGCAAUGCCGCUCAUGUGGGCCACUUCAAACAGAGCGAGACGCCCGAGGCGAGGGAGGAGCUGCGACUGAAGAUGGAGGCGAAGGAGGAGGCUAGGGCCAAGGCGGCCAAAAAGGCUUUGGAGGAGUUUGAGGAGAAUCGCAAGAAGUGGUAUAAUCGUCUCGCCAAAGUCAAGGUUAUCGGCGCUAUUGUGGCUAUCGGCCUAGUCCACAAGACUCUAGCGGCCAUCUGCCUCGCUGGACUCAUAUACUGGCUGAUUGCCACCCGCUUGGCUGACAUGAUGAAACCGCCAGAUGAGCCCGAGCCCGAGAUCUCGGCUGCGCGGAGGCGGAAAGUGCCCACUGGACCCGGGAUGGCCAUGACAUACCUCUUCGAGCCGACGGCGAAUGGAGGCGUGGUCGAAGCUGGGACGAUACCGGUCCAAGCCCCGAGUCAUCGUUUGAUGACGAGCAUGGAUAAUCGCUACGCAUCUUGA